GCAGCAGCCCCCGCCCCGCCCGCGAGGGUUUGCCCGGAUCAUUUAUUUAUCUUUGUGCGCAUUAAAGAAACCACCAUUUGGCUUGAGAGAGGGGGAGGUGGUUUCCUUGCCAAGCCAGCAGUCGCCGCUCCCCCCUUUUCUCUCCCCCACCACCUCCAUAUACUGCAAUAGGAAUACACAAUAGCACUGAAAGCUGCAAAGGAGCUCGGAGAACCGCCUGGUUCCAUACAUUUCUGUCUCUCCUCCCUUGUCUCGUUGCCUGGGAUGAUGAUUAUUCCCGAUGAAGAUUACUUGGUCAUUUUUUCCCUUCUUUCUUUUCAGUUUUUGGCGUGAGUGUGAUCCCCCACCCCCCACCCCAGCCCGCCGUUUGAUGCAACGUUUGGAAGUCCUGCAUACAACGCUUUAUUGGGGGGUUGAAAUAUUCCAAAAUCGUCUGUAGUUUUGACUUGGAAGGGAUGCUGGGCUGGUGGUGGCGGCGGCUCCUGGUUCUCCAGCCGAGGCUCCCUCUCUCUCCUUUCCCUCCGCUCUGCCUUCGGAUUGGUCUCUCCUCUUUAAAGUGCUGUCCAAGGGUUGGCUGCAGGGCUGCUGAAUAACAGGUGCAGUUUGCUGCUCCGUCGCCUCGGAAGGGGGGGGGGAGAGAAAGAAAAAGCGAAGCAGCCGAGGAAUGUUGCUGCCGCCGCCGCCGCUGCUGGUCCGUCCGCCGCCGCCGCCGCUUCUUGAGGGGGAGAAAGGGGACAUCACCCCAAAUCAGCAGCCGAGGGAGUUUUUUCCCCUCCCCUCCUCCUCCUCCUCUCCCUCUUCUGUAUGGAGACCUGGGCUUCGUGAUUGCUGCUGAAUGCGGAUCUUUGGGCUAAAAUACCGAGGAAAACCUGUCUUCGUCUAGGAGGCGGAUUGAAUUCUUGGGGACUGCUGAUUUGUGCUUGGUGGGGGUUGGGGGGGGGAGAAACGCGGGGCUUUCUUCGUUUGGCAAAGGAAGGAAGGGGGGAACCGGUGGCAAAAGGAGGAUACUUCGGCUGCUGCUGCUCGAGGAUGGGGAGAGCUUGGCCAUUUCAGCUGAUUCAGCACCGGUUGUGUGAAUGCGUGUGUGUGUGUAUAUGAUGACGGGGGGUAGAAUAUCUAGAUCUUGAAUGGAGAAAUGUCCUUUUGGUAACUGACGGCCGCUGCCCCCUCCCUUCCGUCGGAUCUUCCUAUUUUCUCUCUCUUUCUCUCUCGCCUUAGCACCCCCUCCCCAGCCUCCCACCCUCUUUUGCUCCGCAUGCUGCUCCCUCCCCCCCGAUGCCUUUUCUUUCCCCCGGGGGAGGGUGUGAAAGGCACCUAGGAGGAUGAGCGAAGGGGUCGCCUCGCCGCCUGGUGCUGCAGCUGCUGCCGAGGAGGGGGCGGCGGCUGGAGCCGGGGGUCCUGCGGACGGCGAUGGGGGCCCCGAUCCCGCGGCCCGCGAGGUGCGUUGUAGCGACUGCAUCGUGUGGAACCGUCAGCAGACGUGGCUGUGCGUGGUGCCCCUCUUCAUCGGCUUCGUGGGCUUGGGGCUCAGCCUGAUGCUGCUCAAGUGGAUCGUGGUGGGCUCCGUCAAGGAGUACGUGCCCACUGAGCUAAUGGAUUCCAAAGGGAUGGAGCAGGACCCCAUCUUCCUCUCCAAGCCCACCACGCCGCCCAAGAGCAUGGAGACUACCACGGCCACCACCACCGCCGCUGCCGCCACCUCGAGGACACCCAAUCGGAUAAGUACCCGCCUCACCACCAUGACCAGGGCGCCCACCCGCUUCCCGGGCACGCGGGGCCCUAUCCGGUCCAACCCGCCGAGAUCCACCACGGCGCGCCACACGGUUAUGCCCCCGACCGUCCUUGCCACCUCCACCGUCCCUUUCAGCACCACCAUCCUGAUCUCCCGCCCGGCGCCUGGCACCCCUGGGACCCAGCCCCUGCCCAUCUGGCCCACUGCGGCAUACACUACCUCCUCCUACAAGACCUAUCUUCAGGACUCCGCUCCAUCGUGGACCUUAUCGCCCUUCCAAGAGGCCAGCACCACCACCACCACGCCAGAGGCCAACACGAGCCCCAAAUACCAUACCACAACAUACUCCACUGAGCAAUCUGAGCACUUUAAGCCAUGCAAAGAUAAGGAUCUUGCAUACUGUCUCAAUGAUGGAGAAUGCUUUGUCAUUGAAACCUUAACAGGCUCCCACAAACACUGCCGGUGCAAAGAGGGCUACCAAGGAGUCCGCUGUGACCAAUUUUUGCCGAAAACCGACUCAGUCUUGUCAGAUCCAACUGACCAUUUAGGAAUUGAAUUCAUGGAGAGCGAAGAGGUUUACCAACGGCAGGUGCUGUCUAUUUCCUGUAUCGUCUUUGGCAUAGUCAUAGUGGGCAUGAUCUGUGCAGCGUUCUACUUCAAAACAAAGAAACAAACAAAACAUAUUCAGGAACAGCUGAAAGAAACACAGAAUGGAAAAACCUACAGCCUUAAUGCUUCCAGCAUGAUGGCAAAAUCAGAGACCAGGGUCCAAAGCCGAGUCCAGCUGCAAAAUUAUUCAAAGGCAAAGAGACACCCAGAGCCAGCAAUGGAAAAAAUGAUGGAAUCUAGUUUUUCAGGAACUCAGUCCUUUCCUGAGGCCUUGUCUCCUGACAGAGGAAUCCAGCCUAUGAAGCCACACAGAAGUCUCUCUUCAUGCUGCAGCUCAGGUCAACGGACUGGGAUGCUUCACAGGAAUGCCUUUCGGAGGACUCCUCCCUUACCUCGGGGCAGGUUCAAUGGAAUUACAGGACCAGCAUACCAACAGCUAGAAGAGUCAAGGAUCACAGAUCAGGACACAAUACCUUGUCAAGGGGUAUCUACUGCUUUGAAAACACCACAGAACACUUCAAUAAAUAUGCAACUGCCUUCAAGAGAGACAAGCUCUUAUUUUAACAGUGUGGUUCAAAAGGACAUGGUUGGCUAUUCAUCUCCAAGGGCAAAUUCUGUUCCCAUCAUCCCCUCAGUGGGCUUGGAUGAAGCCUGCAUGCAGACACAAAACGUUUCAGACAUAACAGGCAUCAAAUGGUGCAAAAACUCCUACUCAAGUGAACUUGUCAAUGUGAGUGCCCCAGCCAGCAGUUGUCUUAUUGCAGAACAACAAGAAGUCAAAAUAUUGUUAGAAACUGUCCAGGAGCAGAUCCGAAUUCUGACUGACGCACGGAGGUCAGAGGACUUUGAACUGGCAAGUGCUGAAACCAAGAACAGUACAAGUGAAAACACAGCUUUUCUGCCCAUGAGUCCUGUGGCAAAAUUGGAGCAAGAGGCACAGUUUGUCUUAAAAAGUGAAACGCAAAGAGACUCAACAUUGAUUAAGUGACUUUGACCAGGGGGGAGGGCAGGGGGGGCAAGGGGAAUGUACGAAUCUGUGCAUUUGAAGCUUUGCUAAAACAGGAAAGAGAGGAAAUUAAAUACAAAUUAUUUAUAUGCAUUAAUUUAAGAGCAUCUACUUAGAAGAAACCAAAUAGUCUAUCGCCCUCAUAUCAGUGUUUUUUAACAAAAUAUUUUUUUAAGGGAAAGAGCAGUAUCAGGAGGGAUAACACUUAUUCAGAAGUUCUGGAUUCUUUUUCCCCCCACCCCACCCCUUCCCUCUCCCGGCCCCUUCUAUUGUUUUCUUCAGGCUCACACAGGCAAUUUCACAAUCGGUUUUGCAGAUGUUCUGUUCGAACUUUUGAAGGUUUAAUCUGGCACCAUUCUUAGAUUUUUGGAUUUCAAAACAGUGCUAUAUGAAAUCAACUGGGAAGUACUCCUGUGCAGGCACCAUUGAAAUGAAUGAGAGCAGUACAGGUGCACAGCUAUUUCUCUUGCAUAACUUCCAUGCAUGGGGUUUGCGUGGAUGAUGUUUGCAUUAACUUGUGCCCAGUGUCAAUAGUUACAAAUGCCCUCCAUUUCUUGUAACCAGAUGUGCAAAAGUUCUUUUUAGUAGUCUGACGCCUACAUAUCCACACUUAGUUCACUGUUUACUACACUACAGAAGUCUGGCCACAAGUUCAGAAUCUUAAAACCAAUGCAAAUCAACCACCACCAAAACAUCACCUAAAUUUUCCUCCUUUCGAAUAAAGUCACGGAUCUUGACGAAACUCAGUGUUUCUUUCAAGGUCAGUUUGCAGACUCUUUGAUAAAUGAGACAACAGAGAAUUUUGAAGGAGGCAGAAAGAAAGAAAGAAAGAAAGAAAGAAAGAAAGAAAGAAAGAAAGAAUUGUGCUAAGCCCAGUGAAAUUUCUUAGGGAGAAGAAGGGGAUUUUGUAAUAUGCCUGAAAGUUCCUUUUCUGGUUAAACACCCACAGAAUUUUGAGAGACGCCAGAACAGUAUUUAUGAGUCUAGCAAAAUUUCUUAAUGGAGUUUCUCAUAUCAUUAAAAUAGAUCACUUUCUUGUAUGGAUCUGAGUAUGUAGUGUCAAGACUCAGAUUCUAGCAAUCAAACAAAUAUGAAUGCCUGACAGUACAGUUAGCUCUAUUCAUACCUGGUGGUUUUAUUCAAAGGAAUGCUACUCAAGUACCUACAUCUCAGAAUGCCCUCUACUAACUUUACAUUAGUAUUCUCUAGCAAUGACUAUUAAUCAGAAAUAAUUUCCUUCUUAAUUUGGAACUGUGCAAAUGGAACCUAUAUAUCUGAGAAGAAAGUAGCACACAUUGCAGAGUGCAUACUGUAUGUAUGGUGUGUUUUUAUUUCAGACAAAACAAACCCCCACUUUCAAUCACAUUAUUUUGCCAUUUAAGUUAGAAUGUUUUCAGAAUGUUAUUUUUGGAAGUCAUUUCUGAACUCCAUGUGACUGUUCAAGUAUCUGUGUGUUUUAAUUUUAUUAACUUUUUGUCAAGAGGUCUGGAGGAUCCAGUGAGUAUGCAGCAUAUAUUUGCAGUUGCCACAUUUACUCCCAUUUCUAAUAUUCACUUUACACCUGAUUCACAACUAAGUGCAGCAUCUUCAUUAAACAUGAUCCAAGCUCUUUGCUUUAUGAAGAGAAGUGAUCUGUUGGUGUAUGUUGAUUCCCCAUUCCCCAUUUAAGGAAUUUCAUUACAUAGGGGAGAGUGGAGUAGUUUCCACCUAUGUGGAGAGUUGUAUGGAUAGCAGAGUUCCUGUAUACACUCCAGAGCUACUGGCUGACUUCUUGACUAACAAAGUGCUUAAGAAAAAUGAUACACUAGUAGGGUUGUUGCACUAGCUCCAGUUGUUGUGCUAGACUGGAGCUUGUGUUCCAGACUAAUGUUGUGCAACUGCAGGCAUGCUUGCACAAUUGCACAACCUAAAUCACCCAUUUAUUUCGAAGGAAACUUUUGCACAAGGGUGUCAUAGUGCAAGAGCACAAUUCUGCACAUCACCUUAUUUAAGCACAACCAUGUGACCUUUUCAUCCUAGCACAACAAUGCUUGUCAUGCAAGGGCUUCAUUAGUCAAGAUGUCAGUUAUUGAGCUUAAAGGACUGUGGAUACAGACUUUUAGGCAUGACUUCAAGUCCUUUAGAGCAGCUUUGGAUCGUAAAAAAAAUUAGUAAUACAAAUAUCUGACACUUUCUGUCUUCCCUGCUUCUUUGUAACAUCCUUUGUUGAAGUCAUGGAUCUCACUAUAGGUAAGAUGUCCCAGUUCAGUUUCAGAGGUUACAAAGAAGUGCAGAGAAUGAAAAGUCUGAGUCCUCUUCUCCCUACAUCUUGUAAUAUCCAGGACUGUCCUUAGGCAUGUGGCCUUAAAGGCCUCAAUAUGGCCAUUAUCAAUGUAAGUAGACCCUUGAGCCUGGAUGGACUCAUUAGCAGCCAUCUGUAUUCAGAAGCUUUCCCCUUGUGUAAUCCACUGAGCCAAAGUGGUUUUAGAACAGUGUUCAUUGAUUUUAAUGGAGUUCUGGAUGAGCACAGAAUCAGGACCUUCAAACAAACAAACAAAAAUAACUUGCCAGUUGGGCUUUCCUAAGAAGUUGAAAUUUUUUUUUUGUAUUGUUUUUAUUUAAUCACAGACCACAGUACGGCAUCAGAAUAAAGAACUUGUGUUCAGUAACAAUAUAUGUAUUAGUAUUUUUUAUUUUUGUAAAGAAAAAGUAUCAUCUGCUUAAAAUUGUUUGUACAAAUUAUUACCUGUAGUUAAAGAACAAACAGCCUUCCCUCUUGAAUAGCAGAAAGCUUACCUUUUAAAACAUGUGCACAAUAUAAAUGAAAUGCAUUAAUACCCUGAUCUGCAGCCAAAACAUGGUUCAAAGUUGUUUGCAUUACCUUGGCCCCAAUUUAUCUCAAGAGCUGAGUUUCCCUAAAAAAAGACAAUUGAUCUGUCCCUAUGCUGAAUCAGAUGAAAGCAAUAUUUUAGCCUUCUGUCAAAUGAACUGGAAAAAGAUGCUGAAAAAAAUUAUUUUACCCACACAAACACACAUACACAAACACUUGUCAACCACAACCACCAUCACUCCAGUUAGGGCAUUAAAGAAUUAGUGUACACAAGUCCUUUUAAUUUUUUCUGAAGUUGAUGGAAUUGUCUUGUUUACACAACUUUCUACGGCUGUAAUCUUUGCUGCGUGUUUUCAGUAAAGUUGUAGUUGAGGGCAAACUCUGAUUUAUCUGAUAUGCACAUUGAAAGUUCUUUUCAACCAAUUUCAGUGAACCUCCUAAAGUUGAACAAGAGGAGGGAGCUCUCCAAGGUAUAACCAUGUAGAAGGCAAUGUGACUGGAGUUGAUUAUUUUGCCCUGGGGUGGUGGUGGGGAGAUUAAUUCCAAUCAGUCUUAAAAUCUAUUGGAAACACACUGCAAGAUUUCUGCUGGUGAAAGAAUUUGCUGAUUUAGGCAAUGCCUGUCUUAAAACAUAAUGUCAUUUUGCCAUCCUCAAAAGGAGGAAGAGUAGAAGAGCAAUGUAUUAAUGGUCAGUUGAUGUGAUUUUUAAAAAAAAUUGACUUGAGAGAUGAAGAUCUAAAAUGGUGGGAAAUCUUCCAUUUGUGUUAGCAAUGCUCUCUGUAUCCAGCAAAGGAUGUGUGACUGUUAUGUGUUAACUGUUCUAUUCAGUUUCAGCAUGUUUGAAUAGAGAGACAUUAAUAUUAACCAUAUGAUAGACUAGUGUACUUAUUUGCUAAGAAUAUAACUUCAUCUUGCAAAUUCUGUGGAGGGGAGGCAUGUCAAGAUAUGCAGGCACAGGUAGUCCUUAAACUGGAUUAUACUUCUGUCCUAUAAUUUGUUUUCCACAUUGUACAAUGAAUCAUUUUUUCCUUUACAGUCUGACAUUUGACUUGCAUAGACUGUUACAAAAUAUUAUAUAAAGUUACUGCACUCACACUCAAGAGGUACUAGGCCAAAUUCUGCUCUGCUUUACCCACUAUGUGAAACAGGUCAGUUCAAGAGCAUGGGAAGCCCUGAAAUCCAUGGUAGGAUGUAGCCUAAUAAAUUAAUCAGUUGCCUCCAUUGUAACACAUCUGAAAUGUAGUAUCGAUCUAGUCAAUAUUUUAGAAGCCCUGAGCCUUAAUCCACACAGGUGAUCAGCCCUCCCUGCUGAUCAAGGUAGACAAUCUGAUAGGACUGAUCCCGUCUUUUAACAAUAUUUUCAGAAUAUUAUUUUGAAUCAUUUUCAAGGAAAAGUCACAUUUUAAGAAGAGUGUUGACUAUAUCUUACAUGUUUCGUACAGUUUAUUAUGCUGAAUAGGCCUCUGUGCAGCAACAUGCUUGCACAUACAUAUAUGCAUACACUCAUGUUCAUGAUGUCUACAGCAUUCCCAGCGAUCUAAAGCAGGGGUAGGCAAGUAACCUUGGCACUCCAACUGUUGUUGAAUUACAACUCCCUUCACCCCCAGCCACAAUUUAUUUAGUUCAACAACAGCUGGAGAGUCAGGGUUGCCUACCCCUGAUCUGAUGUGUAAAAAGUGGGGAGUACUUUUUCAAGUAGAUUAAAAGUAAGGUUUUAAUCAGAAGACAAUGCUUCUGAUGCCUUUAUAAAGCUAGACUGUGAUCCCUUUACUUGUGCACCUCAUUCAUUCAGUAAUGCCACACAGCACUACCCAGAGGUGCAUUCAUACAUGCACCCCACCACACACACAUCAGAUUUAUUUUGUGACAUUUCAUAUCAUGAAUUGCCCCCUCCCCCCGCAAUCUGUAAGUGCUUUAUAAACACCCCUAAGUUCCAAAAGCAGCUUGCACCAAGGGAUACUGAAAUUGUUUCCAGAGUGUAAGACCUAUUCUUCUGCGAAUGUCUUUCAGCAGCGCAGAGACUGCUUAAACACAGUUUGUUAGGGGAAGCUGAUGAUCAGGAAACUUGUGAAAUGAUUCUAAAAUGCACCUGCAUUUCUGGGGCCAUAACACAUGGAUGCAUAUACACACAAACUGUAUAGUAAAAAAGAGCUGGAAAAUGGGGAAUAAGGAAAUUGCAUUGCUGCCGCCUUUACCGAAUUGGUCCUCGAACAUUGGUUCAAUAACGUUCUCUUAUUGUGACACCCUCAUGAGUAUGCUGCGGCACUAUUAUUAUUAUUACUAUUAUUAUUAUUUAUUCGAUUUCUAUAUGGGCCCAUCAUCAUUGUUGUUGUUAUAGUUACUUUUAUACCCACUUUUCAGGACGAAGUUUCUCAAAGUAGUUUUCAUACAACUAUAGAAAAACAAAAUGAGUAGGUUUGGGGCGGCUGCUGUUGGGUCUUAAAGGUGCAGCAAGCUUGAUGUAAAUAACCCCACAAGAAAUUGCCACCAGGAUGAAUGUGGCAACAGCUGACAUUCACAGGAGGGGGAAGGUAGCAAGGCCAGGAGUAUGGGAGACCAACAGUCCUCCCCCAGCUCGAGUGUUUUGGUUACUGCUGCUGCUGCUGCUGCAGGACUCCUAUUGUAAAUUAUCUUAGAUUAUGUUAUUGCAUUCCAUUACUUCUAGUGAAGCUGCUCUGGGGGAAAGUAUGAAUCAGUGAAUGGCUCUCAAUCAAGUCAUAUGGUUAGACAACUGGAAACUUGCACAGAUUUAUGGAUGUGUCUUUUGGGGUGUCAGCAACUUCUCCAUGUCCAUUCCCCUGUCACACUUCCACAUAGUUCCCUGCUGCCAUAUAUGUACACAGCCAUUCUCAUUAUUCAGUCACACACACACACACACACACACACAAUCAGUUGACCAACACUACACAAAGUUGUCCACCUCCUUCUAGGCUGAAGCCAGGAGCGUAGCCACCAUUAUGCCAAUGGGUUCAAAGAACCCAGGCUGCCAAUGGAAAGGGCUGCCGAAGCCCCGUGGCUGGGGUUCCAGAGGAGCCUAGAGCGAACUCCCCUCUCCCAUGGCCAGGCUGCCAAAAGCCCGGUUGAACUCUCCACCAGUUAUUUCAGGCAGCACCAGCUGCCCGAUAGGACGUUUUUUCCCUUUCUCUCCCUCUCUGGAGAGAGAGGGAGAGAAAUCACAUGUAAAGGGACGUGGCCUGGGCUGCCAAGAGCCCGAGCGAGCUCUCAGCUCGUCAUUUCAGGCAGCACCGGCUGCCCAAAAGGACGUUUUCUCCUUUCUCUCCCUCAGGGAGAGAAAGGGGGAAAUAUCCUAUCGGGCAGCUGGUGCUGCCUGAAAUAAUAGUUUGCUCAGGCUCUCAGUUUGCUCGGGCUGAAGCCCUUUCCACCACCAGCAUAAUGGCCCACCUGACUAAGUUUUGUGUACUGGCAAUUUUUAAAACUUCGGGUCAGUUGUAAUCAGGGAAUCAAAUCCAUUUAAAAAAAAUUUUUUUGUUCCGGUUCAACACUAAUUUUUAGCUCCCUGAUUCAGACACUAACUUUACAAUGUGGUUGGGUAACUUGUUCACUUGUUCAAAUGCUUCGAAUUUGAACAAGUGAACAAGUUGAAUUGAACAGUUUAGAUGCCUCUCAUGCAACUCUUCUGCUUGCAUUACAAUGUUCUAGAAUGAAUAUGGAUAAUCCCAAUAAUAUGAGAAAAUAUUUAGUAUUUUAAAAAUGUAUUUCUGAAUUUUAAAAGGUUUCUACAACCUUCAGCUCUGUUUCCAGUUUAAAGCAAUCAAGAUUUUAUGUUUGGAUUUGGCUCCAGUUCACUGAAAAGCCUCUCUAAAACCCAGAUGUUUUCAGAUGCAGUUUCAGUCCCUGGUUUGAUUAUAAAAAUCUUCCACUAUAUCCCAAAAGUUGUCAUAGACUGGAAAGGACUCAUUACAGAUGAACAAAGCCAGAACUAUUUCAUUCUGUAGCUACAGAGGUCUGUGAACUGCAGCCUGCAUUUUACUUCUCUCCCCCCGCCCACCCGACCCCUGCCUUUGGGAAAUCCAUCUGAGUUGGGUGGCAAAUAGACAAAGGCAUUUUUUACAGAUCUAUAUGUCCUAUGCUUUAAUUUGACCCUGCAUUUUUCUCAGUGACCAUGGUAGGUGCACAAAACAUUGAAGUUCUUCCCACAAUCAAGUGGGAAGGGCUACCCUCUUUUGAGGGGAGGAAGCCCAAAAGUGCUUACCUCUCCACAGACAAUCACAGCCAGGGCUCUGGGCAGGUGGAUCGGUGGCACAGACAAGCAGUGGCUCUCCUGCCGUCCACCCACACCUCACCCGGCAGCUCCACAGGUUGGGCGAAGGGAAGCAUUGCCUCACAGCGCCCCGCGGAGCCCCAAUAAUGCACCAUGUAAGCGUGCAGUGCAUUUCUGGGAUCUCCCCUCCCUGAGUGUGUCCACAGAUACAUGAUACUUUAACUCAUUGCACCCAAAACCCAGGUUAAAUGGCGGGCUCCAUAAACAGGCUUGCCACCAAGCCGCCACUGGGAGCCACAUGGCUAAUAUGGGUGCACACGAGCAGCAGAAAGCGGGCAGGGCUCACUUAGCCCGGUUUCUGUUGCUCGUGAGAAUAGCUUCAUCAUCUAAAUCUGGUUUUGAGUUUUGAAUUUGCAAAUAGGUAUUUAGGUAGUGAGACAGACAGACAUUUGACUUACAGAAGGUGCCUAGACCCUAAUGAACCACAGAGCAUUGAUUUAUUGCUGGAUCCAAUCUAAAAGUGAUACAGUAUAGUACUUCAAAGCAGACUUGCUCAGCAUAGUGGUUGAAGUUGUCUCAGGACAUAAAUAAUUCUCUUCUAAUUCACAAUGUUGCGGCUUAUGCUUUAUUUUGCAUGCAGAAAAUAUUUUUGAAUUAGUAAGUCAUACAGUCAUCAUGGGUAGAACGCUAGAAUUAAAAAAAACCUCUCAGUUCGAGGGAAUUAUUGAACAGGCACACCUUUAAGCAUAUGAAAACUCCCAAUAGAGUUAGAACAAAGACAUGAAAUAGUCGGCAAAACCUGAAUGUUGAAGUAUAUUCGAUUGGAAAAUGAACAUAAAAGCCAGCACAUAUAUAACUGUUUUGCUCAUGCAAGAUUCAAAAUAAGCUCUGUCAGUUAUUCAGAUCCAAAAUUGUAUGCAUAACAAGCGCAAAAUGGGUUCAAUGGACUAAUAUUACAACUUAGCCACCUUUUCGGAGAUGAAAAUAAAAUACAAUUUGUUUGA